CCACUCAUGACUCAAAAUAAAUUUACACUGCUUAUCUCAUUAAUAAAGCAAGAAAGAAAAAUAACAUCAUUUCACGUUAUAUAAAAAUGAAACUGCAAAAGCAGCAGGUAGUUAACGAAAAAGAAAAAUCGAAAUGAGAGUGCUACUGGUUGUGCUAUUUUUGACAGCAGCCGUUUUCGACGGCUGUUUAAGUCAAGUUUAUUAUCAUCCGGUGCAAGUUCUGAUACCGACCUACAACGGGACACAUUUGGCGACGAAUUAUUCCGUCCACAACCCCAGUAAUGUCAACUCAAAUCAGUUAAGGCCAAAUGGACCCGGUAACUAUCCCAACUCUCCAAAUAGUAAUAAUUAUAACUAUAACCAAAUUUCUCAACCGAACAAUGGCUCCCAGGAUGGGCAUUUAUUUUUGGGAGUUAUCCAACCGUACGAUCGAUUACUGUACAAUCAGGAAUUUACUAAACCCAGAAGAUGGUGGUCAUACAGAGAAUCAAUCGUUGAGUAUCCCAAAGAUUUACCAGCUGGAUAUUCCCGACACGAGACCAUUACAGCUCUAAGGAUCUGUAACAAAUUUCUAGACGGGCUUGGGGCGAAGGCUUACAUCCUAAAUGGAGGAAUUGGAAGGCAGUUCGUGAAAAUUAAACUUGUCGCAUCUUUCGGAAAAGGAUUUCGUUACAGUGUUGACAUUUACGGAAGAUAAUUUUGGAAAUAAUGAUGAACGACGAUUCAAGGUUCAUUAUUUUCAAUAGGAAAUUAUAAAUAUAUUUUGAUAUGUAGUAUUAGAAUAAAAUGUAGUUCAUUA